CGGAGUCGUCCCGUGCCCGUGGAACCUUAUCCAGCCGCCGCUCGCCGCCCGUCCGCCGUGCCCCGUGUCCGCCGUGCCCCUGCCCAUACGGCGAGCCCCGUGAAGCAGCGAGCAGUCCUCCCCUCCCAUCUCCUUCCUGUCUGCUUCCCUUGCUGAUCUGCGGGCUGCUGCCCUCUCCUGCUGACCGACGAGGCGGCGCGCCGGUGACCGCGUUCGUCCAGCCAGACCUCGACCCCGACGUCUGGCGUUCGUCCUUCGGCGUUCCGCCUCAGCCAAAGUCAGUAGGAGGGCGAGGCCGCGAGGGUGCCGUAGCUUAUAUCAGUUCGCGUGUGCCUUACGGCGGAAAGGCUGCAUAUUUAUUGGCUGAAUUUUUGUUCAUCUCCGAACUCCAAAUUGUAAUGCUCUCCGCGUCUAAACCCCUUCUCUCCCCGAGCUCCCUUAUUGCCAUGGCGAUUCGGCAGCCGCCGCCGCAUGCACCAACACACUACGCCCAGCCUCACAGGCGGACAUCGCCAUUCCGCUGCGUCGUGCGAGCGGCUCCUUCUUCUUUCACAGUCGCAACGGCCGUCUCGUUGCCACCAUCUCCCAAGAAGGUUCUUGUGCCCAUUGCCAUGGGCACGGAGGAAAUGGAGGCAGUCAUCCUGGCCGGCGUCCUCAGGCGAGCAGGCGCUGACGUAACGCUGGCCUCUGUGGAGGACGGCCUCGAGAUCGAGGCUUCCUAUGGGACGCGCAUCAUCGCAGACAAGACCAUUGCAGCGUGUGCAGACCAGGUGUUCGACCUUGUGGCUGUCCCGGGAGGAAUGCCUGGUUCAGUACGGCUGAGAGACAACGAGAUCCUUCAGAGAAUUAUGGUUAGACAAGCUGAAGAGAAAAGAUUGUAUGGUGCUAUAUGUGCUGCACCAGCGGUUGUUCUCAUGCCCUGGGGUCUUCACAAGGGAAGAAAGAUCACCUGUCACCCAUCCUUCAUAGGAGAUCUUCCAACAUUCCGAGCUGUUGAGUCAAAUGUUCAGGUUUCAGGAGAGCUCACUACUAGUCGUGGUCCUGGGACAGCAUUUCAGUUUGCUUUAUCAUUUGUCGAGCAAUUGUUUGGGCCUCACGCUGUUGAAGAUGUGGACAGUACUUUGAUUGAUGCUGCUCUUGAAAGAAGUACAGAAGUCAACAGAGUUGAAUGGCCUUUUGAUCACAAACCUCAGGUUCUCAUUCCAAUUGCAAAUGGGUCUGAGGAGAUGGAGAUCAUAAUGUUGGUGGAUAUUCUAAGACGGGCAAAUAUAAAUGUGGUGUUGGCAUCAGUUGACGAGUCCACAAAUGUUGUUGGGUCUCAAAGAAUGAAGAUUGUUGCGGAUAAAUGCAUAUUGGGUGCUUCUGAUUCAAAACAUGAUCUAAUCAUUAUUCCUGGGGGACCUGCCGGAGCUGAGCGUCUUCACAGGUCUCCAACUCUUAAGAAGCUACUCAAGGAACAGAAGCAAGCAGGCAGGAUGUACGGUGGGAUCAGUUAUUCUCCAUUGAUAUUGCAGAAGCAAGGUUUACUCGAGGAUAAAACAGUAACUGCUCAUCCUUCCAUAGUCAAUCAGCUCACUUGCCAGGUUAUUGACGGAUCAAAGGUUGUGAUUGACGGAAAUUUGAUUACCGGGAAGGGACUUGGAACAGUCAUGGACUUUUCCCUGGCCAUUGUAAGAAAAUUCUUUGGCCAUGGGCGAGCGAAAGGUGUGGCAAAUGGAAUGGUUUUUGACUACCCCAAGAGCAGAAACGCCUAGCAUUCCUGGUACUAUGGAGUUGGAUCUUGCGGUAGCUAUGCUCAAACUUAAGUGACUGUCUCUUGCGGAGAUGGCAAAAUUUUCUUCUGUUGCCGCCUUAGUGGAUAGCUGCAGACUGCAGUGAAAUGUCCACUCAAUAUGUUGAGAUGAACCACAACUGCAAUGGGAAAAUCCAUUUGGGGUCAGUUCAUCUCAAGAUGUUCUGCGCCGAUGCGGCAUCAUGGGCAUCAAGGGCCACGUGCUCUAUGUGUGGUUGGAGGCCACGGAGGACCUCCCAAGUGGCGACGGCUCCAAGUACGGCAGCAGCGUCAUGCGUGAGUGGGCACUGGACCUGUGGCGGAACAGCAUGUGACAAUAUAUUGGCAUUAUGUUGGCAAGUUUAUUUUAAACUUCUGGGCAAUUCCUGAAUAUUGAGGUGCAAUGACCUGCAAAAAUAGAUCAAUCCAACUGCUUAUCGUUUGAUAUUAC